AUGUCUCUUAUCGCCAACAAUAUUAAAUCUAUACUUGCAAUUAAAAUCAAACCCAGACAUGACAGCUACACCGAUCAAUUCUGUCGGAUCUUUAUGCCGAAAAUGUUCAUCAUAUCCUGUCUAGUUAUGGGUGUGGACUGGUUCCACGACACCGUAGCAUGCAUGGUACCUAAGGAUAGUCAUCUGAGUGGCAGUUUUGUGCAUUCUGCGUGUUGGAUACAAGGGUUUUACGUUUUCCCCGAAAUGAUGAACCGUUUGGAGGAGUGCAAUUAUUACGGCAUACCAAAAAAUAUGAAUCAGGACGGCCAACUCGAGAAUGGUGACUUAUGUGAAACAAUGACACGACAAGGAAUGUCCAACCCAGAUUGUAAACCGAUGAUGAAGAGAUACUUUCUUCAAUUUCAAUGGAUGCCGUUUUAUAUUGCUAGUUUGGCUCUAUUGUUUUAUAUGCCGUAUGUUUUGUUUCGUAUUGUGAACACAGAUAUGAUUAGUUUGCGAGACACACUCACCAAAGAACAGAAAGACGCUGAUGAAGUUGUUCGAAAUUACUUUAACUACCACGUCAAUUCCGUCACGAAAUUACGUAUUCGCGUCAUAAUGAAUGCUUUCGUCAAACUUCUCUACAUUGUCGUCAACGUUCUCGGCUUUGUGUUUACAAACGACCUGUUGCUAGGAAACUUUAAAAACUAUGGAUUCAAGUGGGCCGAGUGGUCUCGUUUAAACCAUACAUCUGCGUUUGAUUUCUUCGAGGGAGACAUACCAAAGCCAGGGAACGUUUUGCUUCCAAGUUUUGGAUACUGUGAAAUUCAAGAAGCUCAUAUGGAUAUCAGGAAUGUCUUCUUCAAUACGAACAAAUUUAUCUGUGAAAUCUCGCCAAACAUUCUGUACCAAUACACUUUCAUUGUGUUAUGGUUUUGCAUGGUGCUCUCCAUCAUGAUCUCCAUCAUUGGGUUCCUCAUAAACGUGCUUGGUCACGUGGUUACGGUCACUUGCUUUCUAAGAAACGGAAAUCCAGCCAGACAAAUCUAUAAAAUCCUGACCUUGCGAGAAUGUGAAUACUUAACGUUCAUACGGCGCAAAAAUAUUCCCUUGUAUGGAGAUAUUUUGAGAAAGUUGAAAGAAUCGAGAGAAGAUAUGAAGCUAGUGAAUGGAAAUAUUGACCAUUACUUAAACGCUACACCAGAAAGAUCAGCUUUGCUCAAAAGCGGUAGCGCCCCACCUGACGAUACUCAAUGGUCCAAGUUCAAAGUUAAUUUCGUGCAAUGGAAUGGGGGCAUGCUGACAUCGGCAAAAAUAAAGACCCUUUUGGACCUAACCAAAAAAUUGAUUAGUAAACUUCACCAAGUUCGCAGUGCGCGUCACUUGUGGUUGCGAUCUUUGAAAUUCCGCACUUUGACAACAACCUUUGGAACGAAAUUUAUGAAAUUAGGUACGAGGAAACCGAAUGAUUUCACUCAACACCACUGUUCCUUGCGAAAAACAAAGGCAAAACAUGGCUUUGAAUUAAUUGAUGUUUUGUCUAUCAAUUGUACUUAG